UGUCCGCAGCAGUGGCCGGAGUCCCAGGGAUCGGGAAAACAACAAUGGUACAAAAGAUUGUUUACGACUGGGCCACGGGGAAGAUAUACCAACAAUUCCAGUUUGUCUUCAGUUUCAAAUUCCGGGAUUUAAACACCAUUAACUGCAGAAUAAACCUGAAGGAACUGAUUCUGCAUCAUUAUCCCUACUUUGGGAAUAUCCUGGGAGAGGUCUGGAAACACACAGAGGGACUGCUGUUCAUAUUCGACGGAUUGGAUGAAUUCAAGGACAAAAUCAACUUUGUUGAUGGUCGGAGAGACACAGAAUCACAGUACACAGAUCCUGAAUUCAAGUGCAAGGUGUCUGACAUUGUGUACAGUUUAAUCCAGGGCAAGCUGCUCCCAGGGUGUUCAGUGCUGGUGACCACCCGUCCCACUGCGUUACAUUUAUUGGAAAAGGCGGAUAUCAGUGUCUGGGCUGAAAUCCUGGGAUUUGUUGGUGAGGAACGGAAGGAAUAUUUCAUCAGGUAUUUUGAAGAUCAGACGGAGGCAGAAGCAGUUUUCAAACACGUGGUGGAGAAUGAGAUCCUGUACACCAUGAGCUACAACCCCUCCUACUGCUGGAUCCUCGCUCUGGCACUGGGCCCCUUCUUCACACAAAGAGUCAGGGACCCGCAGCGAGUUCCCAAGACCAUCACCCAACUGUACUCCUACUAUAUUUACAACAUCCUGAAAAACCAUGGCCGUGAGAUUGAGAACCCCCGUGAUGUGUUACUCAGGGUUGGUCAGAUGGCCUUCAGAGGAGUGUCCGAGAAGAAGAUUGUGUUUACAGGUGGAGAUUUGAUCAACUACAAUCUGCAGCCUUCCCAGUUCCUGUCCGGGUUCCUGAUGGAGCUUUUGGAGAGAGAGGAUUCUGCCCGGAGCGUGGUGUACACAUUCCCACACCUCACCAUCCAAGAGUUUGUAGCUGCAGUCGCACAAUUCCUGAAUCCACAUCCCGGGAAUAUCCUGAAAUUCCUCACUGGAGCCCACAACACGACCGAUGGGCGAUUUGAGGUAUUUCUCCGUUUUGUUGCUGGUCUCUCCAACCCAAUGACAGCUCGGGGCCUGGUGGAGUUUCUGGGUCCAUUUCCUCAUGAAACAACCUGCCGGGUGAUUGACUGGGUGAAGGAGGAGGUUAAACGCCAGAGUGGAAACACGGAGAGUGAAGCUGGUAAAAGGAGCCUCCUGAACACAUUGCACUACCUGUUUGAGUCUCAGAAUCGUGGACUGGCUCAGGCCGCUCUGGGAUCUGUGGAAAGGUUUUCACUCAGUGGAAUGACACUGACCCCGAUUGACUGCGCGGUCCUGUCUCAUGUCAUCGGACUCUGUGAUACAAUAAAACAGCUCGACCUGGAGAACUGCCACAUUCAGUAUGAGGGAAUACAGCGGCUGGGACCCGGGUUGCAUAAGUGCCAGGAGUUGAGACUUGGGCAUAAUGACCUGGGAGAUUCAGGAGUGAAACUGGUGUCUGCGGCUCUGAGGAACCCGGAGUGUAAAAUACAGACACUGUGGUAAGUACCAGACUGUGGGAGAUUGUGUUUACAGUCACUGGGUGUCUGACACUGAGAAUGAAUGUGAUCAGUAGACACACAGAAAACAUACAGGACA